CGUUGGUGUUGUGUAUUGUGUUGUAAAUGUUGGAUAUUUUUUAAUAAAAUGGCGGAAAUUCUGCUGAAUAAAAUAAUAAAUAAGGAAAUCAAAGUAGAGUUUUUUAUAAAGUGGCUAUUGGACACGAACUCACAGGAACAAUAUUUUAGCGAUUCCAAAAACUACAAAUGUUCCCGAACGGAUUUCUUGACUUAUUUCCUCAACUUUGUUCACGAAGAAAUCCCUUGUUUGACCAAAAAUGGGGAAAGCCCCCAAAAACCAAACACUACUAGACGCAUUGAGCUACAGGACGACAAAACACCCACUAGAAGGAGAUCUAGUCUGUUAUUGAAAGAGGAUAAAUAUGACAUAAAUAAAUCUGCUAGUUACCCGCUUGCUUUACACAAAUCUUCUGACGGAAGCAACAAAUUUUUUGAAAACAACCAAACGACCAGUCCACAAGUGUGUCGUAGCAAUAGCACGCCUAAAUUAAUGAAGGUACAGUCAGGCAGCACUCUGCAUAGUGUACACAUCAGCCCUAUUUCACCGCUGUAUAGAAAUCAAACUAAUUUUUGGACACCAAAAUCCGAGAGGCAAAGUUUUACGAAUAGAUCCGUGGAAAAAGCUACUUCGUUAUGCCUAGGUGAUUUUAUCGUUAACAGAAAAAGUUUGGUGAAGAAAAAAGGAUACAAAAACCUUUCAUCGUGUGAAUUCAGUGACGAAUGUAGUAAGAGAAUCAAACCGACCAACUUGAACCAAGUCAAAUUGAAUGGUAAUUUUAGGCAGAACGAUAACAGUUUUAACAAUUUUCAGAACACUCAGGAGGUGUCCGUGGAUAGUUUGAACGAUAGUAGGAAUUUUUUAGCGGAAGAGCGAUUGAAAAUACUGACUAGAAGAGAUUCAGUAAAUAAUUUAACAAGUACAUCCAAAAAAAUUUCUAGCCUGAUAAAUUUUAAAGAAGAAAUUGAACCUGAUGCUGAUUUGGUAACGAAUAAGGAAGAAUUAAAUUGUCUUGUAGAAAUUUAUGUUAACAUUUUGAAGAACGGCCUUAUUUUAAACAUAACCAGUGAAAUAUAUUUUUUAAUUUCAUUACUUCUCGCUAAACAUUUUGACGAAAGUCGGGAAAGUACGAAUUCCAGUGAUGUUAUGCCUGCAGGUAUAGAUUUCUUAAACGACGAAGAUAGAUGCGAAUUACAGAGCGUUCUAAGUCGUGUAAGACACAUUACUUCUGCGGAUUUGUUCGAGACUGUACACAACACUGUGUACUUUGCAGCGAGAUGUUUAGAGACGCAACUCGAUGUGUUGAAGUACUACAAUAAAUCGACGUUGAAUCUCCUCUGUCGCAAUAAAAGAUUGCAAGCUUUUUCAAAGUCAUUCGCUGAGAAACUCGGGAAGAUUUCGCAGAAGAAAUCGGAAUGUGUCCUCGAGUUCCCUGAUAGCAACGUGCAGACCAACGUUUGCUUUAAUUUGGAUACAGACAAUAGAGACAACUUCCCUAAUGAUUCCGCUUUCCACACGUUUCGGAAACAAAGGGAUUUGUUCUACGAGAUCUUGAGGAUUUGGGAAAACCAACACUUGGUGGCCAAUUGGGAUUUUUCCGGGAGCUUAGGAGGGAGAAUCAAAAGUUUAUUUAGCCUGCAGAAUGAACCAAUGACGUUCGUUCACUUUACCAGGUUGUUUAAGGCACAAUUAUUGGGUACGUGUGGCAGGUUUGAAAAGGAGGAGGGCUUGUCGGAUAUUCCAUUUCUGUCCUCUAUACCCAACGUCGAUGCCGACAAGCUAAACAGAUUAAAUUGUCGUUUGGUGACUAAACAGUCCUCUAGCGGUAUCAAUUCUGUACCGCUCUUCACGGGGCAUCAAGAGUUCUAUAAAGAUUUCAUAGUCAUAGCUGCCAAUUAUUUGUUUAAUAAACAUCUGUGCGAUGCACUUAUUGCAGAAAUUGUCGAUCUAAAUGACACCAAGUUUUCUUGUACUGACUUGGAAGAAAUAGACGGUUCCGUUGAUUCAACAACUAGAAAGUCUUACAUGGCUUGUCUGAAGUCGUUGAGGAUUUUAGCAAAGUUUUUGGGCUUCGUAGAAUCGUUACCAUAUAAAACGGACUGCAGUAGCUUUUCGGAAAAGGUCCUGAAUUUUCAAAUAAGCUUACGUAAAGAGGUUACCCCAACGUUUGAUGUUAAAAUACUGCUAGAGAAUUCCAUAAAACAGAACUGCAUCACACUUACCGUACCGUGGCUUACGAAAUAUUUAUCGAUGUUAGAUUACGUCACUCUACGAUUGCCCUACUAUAUUUCCGUCUACAAAAUUCUGUUCGACCUGCACAAAAACUGCUAUAAAGUAUUAGGGACCAAAAAUUAUAACGCCCCACUCAUAAAGUUCUGUUUAGGCUGGUUGUUUGAGUUGCCGCAUUUCCCGGACUCCGAAUACUUUAAUUUCUGCACCGAGGAGCUCGAAGCUGGUAUUUCCUCUCCAGGAACACCAAAAACGAAUUCUAAAACAGUCAAGGAGCGAAAGUUAGACCAUUUGGACAUAAUAGACCAGAACGUCCUGUACAUUUGUUGCCCUUUUCUGGAAGAAAUAAAAAAAUUGCUUUCGAGCAAUGCUCUAAAGGGUUCCGUUACCGUUAAACACAUCACACCUGUCACUGCGGUGCAGUCGUCAACUAAAAUAGCGAAUAAAAGACUUGAGCAACAAUUAGAAGAGGCUUUCUUCAACGGGCAGCCGCUUUCGCUAAGGAAGACGGUAGAAUUCGUUAGUGAACGUGUUGCUUCAGCUUGCGUUAAACAUAUCUGUAGCACGAUUGUUCCAUCCUUCAAAAAAACGGCUGUAGAAAACGUGAGAAACUUUCUCACUUCGUGGACCCAGCAGCACAACCUCAACUCCCCCACGAGGGAAAAAUCGCUAAAGGCAGCGUUGAAAUCAAAGGUUAACCAAAUGACGCACUCUAGCCUACAAACGCUUAAAGAAAACUGCGAUGCGGAAGUGUCAACCAUAACAAGCGAACGAAUACCGACGUGCAUCGCUAACCUCCUGUCUGUUGAUGUCCUGCCCCAGACGAGGAACGUUUGUGUUUCCAUAGCCACUAGAAUGUGUGCAGAAAGGGUGCAACAGUGGAUAAAUUCUCACGUUACCUCGGCGGUGUUCAUGAAAGACUUUAACAGUGAGAUGCAGAAGGUUUUGAGUCCGGAAAGUCGGAGAUCCGCCAAGGAAAAGCCUGUGUUCCAGCUGCCCUCUGGUGGUACCAUCGGAAAUCACAAUGAGAACGCAACCAGCGCCUUCCACUUGUUAGAGAAGGUCAAGAUUUUUUCGACGUACAUUUUGGAGAAUUUGGAAGAAGUAAGCAAUGAAGCGGUGGCGGAUAUUUUGGACGAAGCAUACGUUACGCUGACGGAACGUAGCGACGUGAACGAGUGCAUUACUUUGAGCACCUGUGCGUUGCUGGUUGAUGUUUCUUUGUUACUGAUAACACAUAAGCCAGAUGUGAUGGUAAGGGAGGAAUUGUUAAAAAAGUUUGUAAGAGUAUGGAAGUGCUAUAAUGCAAAAGCGGGGGAGUUGUUUAAAAAUUUGUUAUGUCCGAGGAAUGUUAUGCUGCUAGCGCAAUCGUGUAAUAACGUUAAAGUUUGGGAGACUUUUGCCAGUUUCGCUGCCUUUCUGUUAAAAGAGGAUAUUUUAAAGCCUGAGGAAUUCGAGUUGCAGUGCACAGAGUUUUUUAGGAAGGAGUGGGAUCAGAGAACUCUCGGUAAUGUCACAGCUUUCCUUCAAAAGUUCUUGGACUGUUACAGGCAAAGUGGGGGAAACACGGACAAAUUCACUUUGCUUUUAGAAUUCCUAUCAGAUUUUUGUACAGAUUUGUGUUAAGGUUUUAUUUGCUGUUUUAGUUUUUGACUUUUUUUA